AAUCCUGGGUUGACUCUUAAAACCCAUGUUCGACACUUGUUACUAACUUGUUAUCUUCAAUUUUAGUGUUUUAAAGAGGGAACUUUUGGCGGGAUUAUUUAUUUAUUUUCUUAAUAACUUUUCUAUAUAAUGUCUAUAAUUAGAUUCAAAAUAGGGUUCAAAUUUUUUGGAGACGAAAAGCAUGGCGAGAAGUAGCAGAAGAAGCAACAUAACCGGCAUGGAAGAGAACACUCUAGCAAUUCUCGAAUCUACCGAAGCCAAAGACUCUCAAGACGCCAAUGAUGAUAGGAUUGCUUUUCUUGAAGCUGUUCAAGCCGCUUCAAUCAUACCUGAAAAUGGAACUGCUCCAACCUGCAAAAUGUACGAGGCAGUGUUUCAAAUUCUGAGGAUUGGGACAUCUCUGGAAUUGAUGAUGUCAAGUUAUGAGCUUCUUAAUGAGUUGGAUAAGCGUUUUCCUCGAGUCUAUGUAUCCGAAGCAUCAUCUGAUGGCUCACAUGAACUGGUUGUGGUUGACGAGGCUUGGUCGCCAUUUUUUCUUGGCUCAAAUGUUGCUUGUAGUGAGAGGAAAGCAGGCGGAGAAAUCUCUAGUGGCCCACUUGAUUUUUCUUGUUUUACUCUAUUGAUACAAGAGCUAGUUGAAGUAGCCAAUGGAACAAAAGUUAAAGCUAUAGACACAAAGCACCUGAGGAAUAUGUUAUUAUUUCAAUAUCUUGUCAGCUUACUUGAGGGAGACUUUAUACCUCGUAACAUUGUGUAUGAAGAAACAAUCAACUGGGCCCUUCUUCGGGAGUCCUUGCUCAACAUGCUUCUGGGUUCAAGAAGAACAAAUUAUAAAAGUUUAAUGAAGGAUUGCUUGUCCAUUUUAUGUUGCCUUUGUCCGGCACAUACUGGAGUCAUUAGCGGUCAUGGUUGUCCAGAGAACUCUUUCAGAAAGCCAUCUGAAGAUUGUAAUACUCCUUUGGUGUUUGCUUUACUUGAAGUUGGAAAGAGUUCUUGUAUAGCUAUGCAGAAGCUUCUGAUAAUGAUUAUGAAGCUUGACAUAUCAAAGAAGAAAGCAGACAUGCAAGGUCUCACUACCAGAGCUGAUGGUGUAAGAACCCCGUUGAUGGAUAUUAUUUUGGAUGAGCUGACAUAUGAUAGGGAUAUGCUUUCUCCAUUUCUUCAGGUUUUCAGUGAACCAAAAUGGAAGCUUGAAAUAGUUGUGCAGUAUUUCUUGAAAUACACUACUACUAAGCCUUCUGUUUGCACGCGAAGAUCAAAUAGUCCCAAAGAUGAUGCAACAUUCAAAGGCGUUUUAAAUUGCUUUUCAAAUAGCAUCAGCACGAAAAACAUUAUGAAAAAGAUCAGUACAGAUAUAGUUCAGUUGCUUUUGGCACAUGCUUUUCAGGCUCAUUUGUCAAUGUCAUACCAAUAUAAUGAAGGCAUCUCUGAUUCCAAGGAAGAGAUGAGAGACAGCUCUCUUGUGGAAAUAUGCAAGAAUAUAAUAUGUGCCUUUAAUAGUUUGAGAAGAACAAAUGGAAAAGUGGAAAUUUUGCCAAUUGGAAAAGAAGCAUUGUUUACAGCAGCAACUAUCCUCUCAACAAACUCAUAGGAGUUUACAAAAAUCAUCAA